AUGGCAGGGGUCAGUUGUUCAGUGGUUCGCCUGGCUGAUGGUGGUGAAAGAUUCGGACGUUUGGAAGUUUACUAUGGAGGACAAUGGGGAACAGUCUGCGAUAAUGGCUGGGAUAUAGCAGAUACUAACGUUGUGUGUCGUCAGCUGGGAUUCUCUAAUGCAGCUUCCUUCUCUAGUGGGUCUGAGUAUGUUGUAGGGUCAGGUCGAGUAUGGAUGGCUGAAGUGAAGUGUCACGGAGAUGAACACUCAUUAUUGGAUUGCCCACAUGACGGCUGGGGAAUGCACACCUGUACUCAUAGCAAGGACGUUAAUAUGGAGUGCGUUUGA